UGGCUGUGGAAUUCCCAUCAGAAGACAUUUUUUUAAUGACGGCUUCUCCGGUUAUAAAGGCUGUCACAAAUUUCAGACAGGUCUCCAAAACACUUGAGGACUUUGAUGUAGAAGAGCAACCAAGUUCUCUAUUAGAAAAACGAUAUCCCAAUAUUAAAGUUAUACAGUCUGGAGUAAAACAAUUGAAAAGUGAUGAACAUAAAAUUGUCACUGAAGAUGGGAAAGAAUAUAUGUAUGAAAAACUUUGCCUGUGUGCUGGAGCAAAACCAAAAUUAAUAUGUGAAGGAAACCCGUAUGUUAUAGGAAUCCGGGAUACUGACAGUGCACAGGCUUUUCAGAAGAAUUUGGCUCAAUCUGAGAGAAUAGUAGUGGUCGGAAAUGGUGGGAUUGCACUUGAGUUAGUGUAUGAAAUUCAAGGCUGCGAAGUAAUCUGGGCUAUCAAAGACAAAGCCAUUGGGAACACUUUUUUUGAUGCAGGAGCAGCUGAAUUUCUCAUUCCAAAGCUAACUGCUGAAAAACGAGAGACUCCAAUUGAGUGUAAAAGAACCAAGUAUACAGUGGAAGGAAGUGAGGAAAAAGAAAGACCUGUAGCAGCAUCUGACAAGCUGGGCAGUGCCUUAGGCCCUGACUGGCAUGAGGGCUUACAUCUUAAAGGGACGAAAGAGUUUUCUCAUCAGGUACAUAUUGAAAUACUGUGUGAAGUAAAGAAAAUACACUUACAGCACGAGUUUAUACAGCUGCAACGGACUUCUUUGGCUUUUCCUAAGGAAGACAAAAAUGUAGAACCAGAUGAGGUGCUAUGGCCUGUAUAUGUGGAAUUAACUAAUGGAAAAAUUUAUGGAUGUGAUUUCAUUGUCAGUGCAACUGGAGUUGUGCCAAAUGUUAAACCAUUUCUUGAUGGCAAUAAUUUUGCUAUAGGUGAAGAUGGAGGUCUGCAAGUAGAUAAGCACAUGCACACAUCCCUGCCAGAUAUAUAUGCAGCUGGAGAUAUCUGCACGGCGUCGUGGGAGCCUAGUCCAGUGUGGCAUCAGAUGAGACUGUGGACUCAGGCUAGGCAGAUGGGAUGGUACGCAGCAAAGUGCAUGGCAGCAGAUACUCUAGGGGAAGCUAUUGAUUUGGAUUUCAGCUUUGAAUUAUUUGCUCAUGUCACAAAAUUUUUCAAUUACAAGGUGGUGGUUUUGGGAAAGUACAACGCUCAAGGCUUGGGUCUAGACCAUGAACUGAUGCUGAGAUGUACCAAGGGACAAGAGUACGUUAAAGUAGUGAUGCAGAAUGGCCGAAUGAUGGGAGCUGUGCUGAUUGGUGAAACAGACUUGGAAGAAACCUUUGAGAACUUGAUUUUAAAUCAAAUGGAUCUUUCAGCCUACGGUGAAGAUCUCCUGAAUCCAGAUAUUGAUAUAGAAGAUUAUUUUGAUUGAACAAAACCCCAUUUCCAUUUUGUAUAAAGGUUCAACACCGAAUAAUGUCAUACAAGACUGUUUCCUCAGGAUUACCAGAGGUGAGGGCUAAAUGCACUUCCUGAUUAAGAUUUUGUGUUGAUCUUGUCAAAAUACAGACCGGCAGAUGAAAUUAAUCCGUGUAGAAACGCAGCAACAAACACAAGUGGAUUAGCAUU